AUGUCGUCAAUACUAGACCCGUACGAAGAGUGUUCAGCGCCGAGAACAGUGUUGAUUGAAGGAGAACCUGGUAUGGGAAAAACCACCUAUUGUAAAAAGUACGCCUACGACUGGGCCACCAAUCAGCAAGAACCUCAGGGCUGCGGCUCAACAGUAUUUAAAGUGGUAUUGUUACUGAAAUGUCGAGAUAUCCAUUCUGACGUUUGGGAAGCUAUUGAUGAUCAGCUUCUGCCCCGAGACAUCGAUGAAGAAGUCAAACAACAAUUCUUUCGUUUUAUUCGUGAAAAUCAGUCCAGCAUUUUAUUGAUAUUGGAUGGAUUGGAUGAGUUACCGUCCAGUAAAUUGUCGAUGUUUUCCGAAUUAAUUGAAGGAAGAGUACUCCCCAAAUGCCACAUAGUUGCAACAGCAAGACACGAAGCUGGAAAAGAGGUGAGAAAAUGUUGUGACGCGCUGCUUCAGAUCGAAGGAUUUACUGAAGAGCAUGUGAAAGGAUUUGUCACCAAGUACUUUAAAGAAAGGACGGAUUUAGCCACCAAGCUCUCGCAACGGAUGUCGCGAGAUAAAAACCUGAGAGAAAUAGCGGCCAAUCCUCUAAACACAGCACUUCUUUGCCUUUUAUGCGAAGAGUUUGAGGGCACACUCCCCGAAAGCAGAGCUCAACUGUACUUGGAUAUGGUUGAAUGUGUUUUGAGAAGAUAUAAAAAAAGGAAGGGACUACUAGAAAAGAUCGAAGACUUGACAAACCAUUACAAACCGCAAUUGAAUCACCUUGGAAAGGUAGCGUUGAAUGGUUUACUUGACGAUAAGUUGGAUUUUAAUGAAAGUGAAUUGAGAAACCAUGCAAAAGACCUGACUGAAUUUGGAUUUCUGUCAGUGCAGCCUGGUGGCAGCAAACUGAGACAAACACUGCAUUAUGCCUUCUUACAUAAAAGUUUUCAAGAAUUCUUUGCAGCAUUCUUCAUUUGUUCUCAGAUUCAAAGCAAGGAGAAAAAACCUGAAGAACUAGUUUCCGAUCCAAGGUAUUUCGUUGAACUUAAACAAAUACUUUUGUUUUCAUGUGGAAUUUUGGCCAUGAAAUGCGAUGAACAGGUUGUGGCUCUUGUAAAGAGUUUAACAAAUAAAGUCAACAAAAAUAAAGGCCGUGGUGCAAAAAUUGUAUUGGAGGCCAUCAACGAAUGCAAAAGAGAAAAAAGUGAUUUUCACUCGCAUUUAUCGAAGUCGUUUGGAACUGGUUUGAAUCUUACCAAUUUGGAUUUGUCUAAUAAUGGUAUUAGUGAUGCGGGUGCUACAUGUAUUGCUGAGGCAAUCAAAGUGAACAAGACGCUAACCAAUUUGUAUUUGCGAGGUAAUGUUAUUAGUGAUGCGGGUGCUACAUGUAUUGCUGAGGCAAUCAAAGUGAACAAGACGCUAACCAAUUUGGAUAUGUCUUACAAUGAUAUUAGUGCUGCGGGUGCUACAUGUAUUGCUGAGGCAAUCAAAGUGAACAAGACGCUAACCAAUUUGGAUAUGUCUUACAAUGAUAUUAGUGCUGCGGGUGCUACAUGUAUUGCUGAGGCAAUCAAAGUGAACAAGACGCUAACAAAUUUGGAUUUGCGAGGUAAUGUUAUUAGAGCUGCGGGUGCUACAUGUAUUGCUGAGGCAAUCAAAGUGAACAAGAAGCUAACAAAUUUGGAUUUGCGAGGUAAUGGUAUUAGUGCUACGGGUGCUACAUGUAUUGCUGAGGCAAUCAAAGUGAACAAGACGCUAACCAAUUUGGAUUUGUCUGACAAUUUUAUUUGGGAUGCGGGUGCUACAUGUAUUGCUGAGGCAAUCAAAGUGAACAAGACGCUAACCAAUUUGGAUUUGUCUGACAAUUUUAUUUGGGAUGCGGGUGCUACAUGUAUUGCCGAGGCAAUCAAAGUGAACAAGACGCUAACCAAUUUGGAUUUGCGAGGAUAUGGUAUUAGUGCUGCGUGUGCUACAUGUAUUGCUGGGGUAAUCAAAGUCAACAAGACGCUAACUUAA